AUGGCCGACUCAGAUCCUUUGUUGAGUGAGCUCUGCUCAAUAUGCCAUGCCAAUCCUCCCAAAUACCGCUGCCCACGCUGUUCAACACGUAGCUGCUCUCUACCUUGCACACGUCGCCAUAAACUCUGGUCACAAUGCUCCGGCGUGCGCGAUCCUGCCGCCUAUCUAAAGCGCAAUGAAUUAAUCACUGAAUCUGCGUUCGACCGCGACUUUAAUUUCAUUACCGGCAUCGAGCGCACCCUCGAGCGCGCGGAGCGAGAAAUCGAUAACCGCGGGAUUGAUCUUGCAGGUAGUACCCAGACCGACGAUGGCAAUUUCGAAGGCUUCCAGCAUUCGAGUGCUGGCUGUAAGAGGAAGCACCCGAACCAAGGCCUUGCCAAGGGCGAGGCUGCGUUCUUGCGUGGUGCGGAGACUGCUCGUGUGAAAGUUCUUCGAGCUCCCAAGGGGAUGUCAAGGAAUAAGCAAAAUGGUUCGCGUUUGCAUCCCAAGCAUAAGCGUCUUGCUUGGACCAUAGAGUGGAUUACGGCUGAUGGAGUGAAGACUAUUCGUGAUUCUGUCAUCGAUACAUGCUCUAUCGCAGAAGCGUAUAACCGAUGUCGCCCACGCCCGAAGGAUCAAGAGGCAGCUAUCGAGCCAGUUAGAGAAGAGAAGAAAGAGGAUUUGGACCCCCUCAACAUAACUACCGCUGCAUCCGGUGAUCCUGUCACCACAGUGGUUGAAGAGGCAGAUACAAAACCACUCCCAUCUCCGACCAAAGACCCAGCAAAGGAUCUGGUGGAUGCCUCAACUGAGCAAACGGAUACAGCACCAAAUCAGACCAUCGCACCUCAUCGCGGUCUUUAUUUCUAUCUUCACCGUCCACGGUCCACAACCAAAAAGCCAGUCUUAACUCCUCUGUUGCAAACCUCAACGCUCAGUACUGUUCUGCGCAAUCGGACGGUCCUGGAAUUCCCUACGAUCUAUGCACUACCAGAGUCAGCGGAGACACUGUUUGCAGACAAAGAGAACUCCAAAUUCAUACUGGAGGAAGACUAUCUUCGCACCGCUGGGCCGGAUGAGAUCGGCCAGUCUUUGACCACGAGGGACAAUGAUGACGCGGCUGGAAAUGAUGCGCUCCGUGGUUCUUCGGUGAAUCUUCAAGAUGUCGACGAGAACCUGGUGUUGGAGGUUUUGAAGAAAGACCUAUUUGAGCCAGUGCCGGAGACUGGACCAGCGGCAUGA